GUUGUCAGGUUAGAGUAAGGAUUGGAAGAGUAGUUGGCUGUGUAAUAUUCUUAACACAUGAUUGGAAGCAAUGGAUUUGAGGUAGCCUGCCCUGAAUGGCCAUUUUCAAAGGACAACUCUCCCAUUUUCUCACCACUCUUCCCAUCAUACAAUAUUCCAUUGUUAUCUGACCAUCCCACACUUACGAAUUUGCUCCCAUCAGGGGAGAAUCUGUUGCAAUUUACAAAAUUUGAAGGUACUCUGCAAUCCAAUACUAAAAAGAAGAAAAUUUAUACUGUUCUCCGUAAAAUUCAUUAUGGGUUCCCCAGAUGCGGACAGUGUAGGAGACGUCAGCAGAGGCAAAAUCCACUCGCCAUUGGGAAAGUAUCAGACGACGGUAGCAAGGUAACCGUGCUCCCCGUAGAAGGAGACGUGGAGGGGCUUGUCUUGUCAACGUACCGGAUCAAAACGGAUCUCCCAUUGCAGUAGAGAAUGGAGUUGGUUUUACAUGGUGUUUGGAUUGAGGUAUUUGGAGCGAAAAGGGAGGAGGGUGUAUUAAGGAUAGAAAAUCACCAUCAUGAAAUUCUAGAUUCUCUAGAUUAAUAUUACAAUUGUAAAUAUAUUAUACAAAUAUUGUUUUCUAAUUAGAUUAGAUUUAGUCUCUGUAAUUCUAUAUAUAUUGUACCGCACUGUUCUUGGAAAUCAAUGAAGAAGUCUUUCUAAG